AUGACAGACGCCCCCCCACCAGCAUACACCCGCGUAUCUGACUCUAACUGUAACUCUACACCCAGAGACACUCCGAGUUUACGACGCACUCUACCCCGUAUUGACAUUGACUUCGACAGCGACAUUGAUGCGAAUGGGAAUGCGAGUGUAGAUGCGUUGGGUACGUUGGAUGAGUUGGAUGUGCCGCCGCCGAGCUAUAGCAGCUCUACAUCUACAUCUGUGUCUGCGCUCACACCGCACAGUACACUCCCCACAUCUUCACUAUCCCCCCGCUCCUCCUCACCCUUCCCCUCCCGCACCUCACCAUCCUUCCCCUCCCGCUCCCCCUCCUCAUUCACCCCAAAUCUGGAAAAACCAAGUGUCAACGCCGAUAUCCCAAUCCACCAAAUCCUCCCAAUAGGCCACACGAAGCUCACCGCGCCUCUCGUCAGCACUAGGGAGGUGAAAGGGUAUUUAGCACUUUUGGGGGUGUUUGGGGGGGUGAGGAGGCGGGUUCGAUUAGGAUUGGGGAGGGGGGAGGGGUUGAUGUGGGUGGAGGGGGUGAGGGGUUUGGAGAUGGGGGGGAUUGGGUUGGGGGAGGUAGGUACGGGGAAAGAGAAGGGGAAGGAAAAGGGAAAGGGGAAAGAGAAAGAGAAAGGGAAGGGGAAAGAAAAAGAGAAGGGGAAGGCAAAGGGCAAAGGGAAGCAGAAGCAAAAAGAGGAGGAGGAGGGGGAGCAGAGGUGGAGGAUGUUCGUUGCGUUGGCUGUUGAACGAUUCGAUAUAUGGUGCCGCACACUCGAGCCAGGGGACGUGCAUACGCCUAUUGACGUCUUUUUGCCGCCUGUGGAUGUACUUAUGGUGUGGCAUGCGUAUAUGCUUAAUCCGCGAUGGUACGCAGAAGACACCACACGCAUCCGCACCUGUCAAAUUCUCAAACUUUGCGAGUCAAAGUUUGCUGAGAUGCUGUGUGAUACUGGGGUGGUGGAUCUUGUUCGGUCUGAUUUGGAGUACGAUUAUGAGUUUGAGAUUCACUCUAAUGACAAAUACAACUACAACCACGAUUACAACAGCGAGGACGAGGACGAUCAUGGGAACAAGGACGACUGGAACUACAAGGACGACUCCGACGCCAAGUUCAAUCCCGACUCCAAGUCCAACUACAACUACAACUACAAGGACGAGGAAGAGGAAGAGGAAGCUGGGGAGAAGCGAUACGAUAAGCAACCUCCCCCACGACCCCGACCGCGACCCCGAACACGAACACGAGCCCGGCCCCGACAGUCAAAGCUCCGCGAAGAACGAUGGUGCGCACGUACGGGUGUGGAGUUUGAUCCGUUUGUGUUUUUCGAAUGUGGGGGGAUGUGUGUGGGAUCAGAAUUGGGGGUUGGGGUGGGAGUGGGGUCGGGAUCAGAGUUGGGGGUUGGGGUGAAGGAGGGGAAGGAGUUUGGUAAAGGGGAGAAGAUGAAGGAGGUGAAGGAGGGAAUGGGGAUGGAGUUUGGUAAGGAGGUAGGUGAGAAGGAAGCGAUAGAGAAGGGGGUGGAGAAGGAGAAGGAGAAGAAGAAGGAGGAAAAGGGAAAGAGGAAUGGGAUGAAUGGGAAAGGCAAGAACGUCCCGUGUCCGCGGUGCGGAUGCGAUAUCUGGGUCGAAUUCGUGAAUGAUAAAGGGACGGGAUACUUCCAGUCCAACUUUUUCACUACGUGUCCGCGUGCGCCUGAUGGGUGCGAUUCGAUCGCGGUCACCGGCACCAACACCAACACCAACACCAGCGCGAACACCAGCACCAGCACCAGCACAAACACCAGCACAAACGCCAGCGCAAAGACAGACGCGGGUGUGGGUGUCAACGCGGGUACGGCGGUGGGUAAGGAAGUGUGUGUAGGUAAGGGGAAGGAAGUGGCUACGGGUGUAACAAUCAACAAAGAACAGCUCGCACUCCGCAAGCUCGCAAAUGAUAUCGCAGCGCGCGCGUAUCCGACGUAUGUCGAGCGGAGCUCGCAUUUAGCAGGGACACUCCUCACACAAUCCACAUCCGACACGGAGGCGGGGAACAAGAUUAAACGGCUGCUAUGCGAUAAAGCCAAGUCCAAGGUGUUCUUCUCCUCAAGUUCUUUCUCGAGCAGUGCAAAGCAAGCGACGCCCGCCCCCACGUACACGUACGGCACCCCAGAGUACGAACGCGAAAUGUCGAGCGCUGUGAUGCGCUAUUGUUCAUAUUCGAUGGGGCGGUUGAGGGAGAUGAUGGUUGGGGAGUGUGGGGAGGUUGAUGUGGUGGACAGGAUUAUGAGCGCGUAUGUGGAUGAUAAAAUCUACUCUGUCGAUCUUGUCGCUGCGGUUCUUCGACAAGAUGCAUUUGUAAAGAAGAUACACGAUCUAGGAUGGACGGUGCCCGGGUACUUUGAUAGUCCGCGGAACGAGCGCGUGUUACGGUAUGCUAUCGCGCGAUACCACGCGUUUUUGGAUUUGACGGCUUUGUCGCCUACAUCGUCGUCGUCAUCAUCGUUCAUUCCGACGCUGGAUAUUGAUUUGGUGUGGCAUACGCAUCAGCUUACUCCGGAGAAGUAUGCUGGGGACUGUAAAACUCUGGUGGAGCUGUUCGUUGAUCAUGACCAGUCAGUGGUGUUCUCUCACCUUUCCCUCCAAGUUCAACCACUGCUGACGCUGUUAAGCAGCGACGGCAAUAAAAUAGAAAGGGGACACGGAAUCGGGGGAAAGAUGGUGUUGGCGUUUGAGGAGACGUGUAAAGCGUGGCGUGAGCGGUUCAGGAUCGAGUACACGCUCUGCGGGUCUUCUUCCUCUUCCUCUUUCUCUUCAUUCGCCUCCUUUUCCUCAUCCGCCUCUUUCUCUUCCUCUUCGACAGGCGUGGGUAUAAGCAAACGGCUCUCGCGCUUCGUAGGCACCUUUGCUGGUAACUUGAAUGGGCAGCCGCCUGUGCGGCCGCCUCAUCCGGCGCUUGUUCCACCUGAUGAUGGGGGUGUGGACGGGGUUGCGAGUGGGAGUGGGAAGGUAAGGGUCGGGGUGGGGGUGAGAGAGGAUGUGCGGAAGGCGAUGCAUCCUAGUGUGCAUGUGGCCGGGAGGGGUGGGUUGGAGUGGAAGUGUGGGUGUGAGAGUGAGAGUGAGAGGAAGGUGCAGCACCCAGGCUAA